UCUAUAGAACUGUCAACAGAGUCAGAAGCAGGAAUUUCCCUGUGCCGGUCAUGUGUAAUGACAAGGACGGCAACCUGCUUACUGAUAAACCGACGGCGCUAUUGAACGGUGAGGAGCCGGAUGAGCAGAGCAGGAACAGGAUGACGAUUAUGAGUGACGAACAAGCUGUGGAGUCACCGACACAGGAGGAGAUGAAAAAGGCGAUUAGUGAGCUGAAAAACGGCAUGGUCGCUGGGAAGGACGGUAUCCCGGCCGAACUUCUAAAAGCGGGAAGCGAGCGGAUGUACUAUGCGAUCCACCAGACAAUACUAAAAAUCUGGGCGGACGAACAAAUGCUGAACGACUGGUUGGAAGGCCUCAUAUGCCCUAUUUAUAAGAAGGGCCAUCGAUUGGAUUGUGGCAACUAUCGAGGGAUAACGUUGCUCAACUCCGCAUAUAAAGUGAUCUCCCGUAUCCUGUUCUUCAGAUUGAGACCGCUAACGGAAUCCUUUGUUGGCGAAUACCAGGCUGGUUUUCGACAAGGGCGUUCCACGACGGAUCAAAUUUUCACCCUGCGACAGAUCCUCGAUAAGUUCCGGGAGUACAACUUAUCGACUCACCAUCUGUUUGUGGACUUCAGGGCGGCAUACGACUCAGUGAAAAGAAAUGAGCUGUGGCAGAUCAUGCUGGAACACGGUUUUCCUACGAAAAUAAUAAAGCGGAGUCGUAUGACACUGGAGGGAUCCAAAUCGUGCGUGCGGAUAGCUGGCGAGACAUCAGCCGCGUUCGUAACGUUGGAUGGGCUGAAGCAGGGGGAUGCGCUCUCCAACCUACUGUUUAACAUCGCUCUUGAGGGUGCAGUACGAAGAGCAAACGUCGAAAGAAACGGUACGAUCAUCACGAAAACUCACAUGCUUCUUGGUUUUGCGGACGACGUCGAUAUCAUCGGUAUCAACCGUAAGGCCGUGGAGGAGGCUUUCGUACCUUUUAAGAGAGAAGCAGCGAGAUUGGGACUUGUCAUUAACUCUGCCAAAACGAAGUACAUGGUAGCUGGCAGAGAGCGUGGGAGUCCCCGUGGUGUUGGUGCUGAGGUGGAGAUAGAUGGGGAACGAUUUGAAGUGGUUGACGAAUUCGUUUAUCUUGGUACGCUUGUGACAUGUGACAACGAUAUGAGCCGUGAAGUGAAACGACGAGUUGCAGCUGCGAACAGGGCUUUCUACGGACUGCGUAACCAGCUAAGGUCCCGUAGUUUGCAAACUCGCACAAAACUAGCGCUGUAUAGGACGCUGAUACUCCCGGUGGCCCUUUACGGACAUGAAGCAUGGACGCUGAAGGAAGCUGAUCGACGAGUGCUCGGAGUUUUUGAGCGUAAAAUUCUGCGAUCGAUACUUGGUGGUAAAUUGAAAGGUGGAGUGUGGCGCAGACGCAUGAAUCACGAGUUGUACCAGGUAUACAAACAUGCUGAUAUAGUGAAGGUAAUACAGCGGGGCAGGCUUCAGUGGGCUGGACACGUAGCCAGGAUGCCUGACGAGAGAGCCGCCAAAACUAUCUUCAGUAGAGAACCAGGAAGAGGCCGUCGACUCCGUGGUAGGCCUCGCACGCGGUGGAUGUGCGCGGUGGAAGAAGAUGCACGAUCUGCUGGUGUACGAAGAGACUGGAGAACGGCUGCCCAAGACAGAAGAAGCUGGACAUCUCUAAUUCGUCCGGCCCUAGAACGGUGA